AUGUCGGGCGUAGAGACAAAGAAACGAAAGAAGGUGGAUAGCGGGGGAAGUUCUGGCACUGCAAAACUAUUUGUGGAUAAAGAUGCUAAGAAGAGGUAUGCUUUAUUCAUUGUUAAAUGUCCUCUGUUAAUUGAGCGAGGUGUUUACCUUGAUGAGUUUGUAGGUAGUGUGGAUUGCCCUGAAAUACUUCGAAGUCGGAAAUGGGAACCUCUGUUUGAGGUGAGUGUGGAAGAUAAAUCGUAUGUUGAUCUGGUGAAAUUUUUUUAUGCAAAUGUUCAAGAAUACAAAGAGAAUGAGCUGACAUUUAAAUCAUUGGUUAGGAAGACAUCCAUCACUGUUUCGCCUGAUCUUAUUUCAAAUAUAUUAAAAAUUGAUAGAUCAUACAUUCCUGAGAAUGCCAUUGUCUUUCCAUAUUCAAGUAAGGAGCAUGUUCCCAAAAUGGCGAGAGUUAUUCAAGGUAUUUGUAUUGGGAGUGUCACGUGGGAGAAUGAGAAAAGGAAAAUUGCUCACAUUGACCUUACUCCAACGCCAUGUCUUCCAUUUCCAAUAUUAAUUUCCAAGAUUUUGAAGCAUAGUGGGGUUGAAUUUCAGCAUAAUGACAUUUUUAUGGUCCCCAUGAAUACAAUGGAUAUGGGUACACUUAAUAAAAGUGUGGGAGCUAUUCUGGGUCUGAAACGGGCCAACUGUGUGAAGCGGCCAUCAGCGGUGUCUCAAGUUGUGGGUAGUCAAGCUGGGCCUAGUCAAGGUGGUUCUGAUGUUGGUACUAGUGAGGGUGGACAAACACUUCAGCAAAUGGUUGAAAAGUUGAAGGUCCGAUUUGAAAAGUUCGAGGAUGAAACGAAGGGGUCGUUACAGCGUCCAGAGUCAAAAUUAGAUUAA